AUGGACUCCGGAGAUGCAAUCUGUGCCCAACUGAGCGCUGGACUAUACAAAAACGCGGAUGAACUAGCCAAUCUUUGGAAUUACGUCGGUAAGUGGGUCUUUCAGUUAUGUUGUUUUCCACCUUUUUUGAGAAAUGGGCAUUUGAACGUCGUCGGCUUAGAAGAUCAAGAUGCAGCGAAAAGCAACCGAGAAAUUGUCCUGACACCCAUCUUCAGCUGUCAGAGAGUUUCUUUAUAUGCAGUGUUUUUCCUGCUUUCUUAGCAACCGCGAGUUGUCAUCUAAGAUGUACAGUUCAGCUGAUGACUAAAAGUUUAGCUAUACUUAAUAUGGGGACAUCAGAGGCAAAGUAAACUCUUAUUAUUUUACUCUGGGGAAAAUCUGCAUGCAUAUUUUUGCUUACAUGAAGUGCACAGAAUCCUGAGCUCUUAUUUAGUCGUCCCUAGGCUUAUUGACCACAGCCUGUUGUGCUUUACGGUUAUUGACAUUUCGUUAAAACAUUGUCACCACUUCUUUUCGGGAUAAGUGCGGGUUUGACCAACUUUUGCAUAUUUUUAAGCUUACCAAAUUUCCAAGGGACACUCCCCACAAUGCUUGCGUGGACUGAACUUUUCAGCCAAAGUUCACCGCAGUUAGCGACGUUUUUGAAGACUAUACUAUCUCUUUGGUUGCGGAGUUGCAAUAAUUAAUUUAAAAAAGGUAAAAUAUCAUGCUGACAAAGAAAAGGAAGAUUUGAAUGCCCUUAUCUGGCCCACUAGCUGUCAGCUGUCUGAGAUGUUUCCUGCAACGGGACCGGUGAACAUCCGUCUACCAUCCCAAAUAUUCUCCUGCGGUACCGAUGGGACGGAGAGUCCGUGGCCCGGAGAAUAGGAACGUUUAACUCUUAACCACUAAGUCGCGGAUUUGAGUCUCAGGAGUUGCACACCUCGGGGUUGGGCAUGACUGGCUGAUGACGGCUAGUAGGCUAGAAACGCACAUUUCAGUUACCCUUGUUUUGGUCGGUUAUGUUAUUUUGCCCACAUUAACAGCUGUUGUGCGGAUAAUGACGAGGUCUGAGGUUGAGUCCCAAGGCACAACGGGACGGGUGUUAACCAUUAACGCGAUCAGUGAACGUCCCACUCUCAUUUAUUUACCCACAAGUUGUUUUUGGGGAUUUUGAUAAUUAACUGAAUCACAUAGGAAGGUCUCAACAGACACCGUACCGCCGGUUAUUUCACAAGCGAUUUAGUAUAAUUUAUUAAUGUAUGUUUGUGAGUGCUUCAAUAUAUAAAUAUGAGGCUUGCCUUUCUGGUACAUCCCCAAUUAUCGGUUCUUUAGGCGGACAUUUUGAACUAGACUCUGUUAUCCUCAACGAAGCCAAGCUCGACAACCUAACGCUUUUAAUUAUUCGUAAACAAGCCUCUCCAUCAAAACAAACGAGGGUGGGUUGUCAAGCGUAUGAGCCAAUAAUUAGCAAGUGUGGUGCAGACGAGUGUUGAGGACUUUCAGGGAUCACAGUCUAGUUCGGUCAGAGGCUUGGGGAUUGGAGCGAGAGGCGGGAGGUUUCUGGUCUCUGUUUUGCCGUGUCAAACGACGCGGCAGGAUGUCUGGACGUACAUGCUGGUUAGUCUUCGGUCAGGGGAGCCUAAGCGCAUGAAUAAACGCCUUAUGCCAGCACACAUUUGCACUAGUUAAACUUCUGGCCACAGACUCUGCCAUCGCAAGUGUCGGAUGACCUGUGAACCUGGACUACCUAACCGGCACGUUGUAAAUAACUCGGAAUGCUUUUUUGACGUCUUUGCCGUGGCCUCUGUCAACCUGCAGAACCACAGUUGCGCUAGACAGUGACCUUUUCAUAUCUUGAGUUAGACAGACGGGAUGGUGCGCCCGCAUCCGCGGGGAUAGGCGCCCAGUAGUUUGACCAGUAUUGCGUGCUCUAAAGGAAAAACCGAAGGCCAGGAUAUAGGUCUGAAAGAACAGCUAUCCUUGCCUUAAAGGCGAAGAAACGGAGGGCUUGGGAAAACCAGUCAUUUCUGCAGUGCUUUGCUCAAUCCGAAAAUGUGAGCUAAACCGUCUCCACUGUUUUUUUGCCACUGAUACGGACGAGAUUGGAUUAAAGCACAACACACGUUAGACAAAUACUUUAGUACGCUUGAUGAAUUUUGCUUCGAGAGUGGGUCUCAUAAUGCACCCGUGGCGUCUGCUACAAUAUGCUUUCUGGUUACCCCAAGUAGACCUAUCUGCUAGCAGUCAAAUGAGGAAUUCUGUAAACUUGCCAGACUCCAUCUGCUGCGUCAAAAUGCUGAUUUAGGUCGGAAUCGUAGACGAAGGCUAAAAGGAGACUAGGCUUAUCAUCCGUGGUUUCCCGCCAACAACCCUAGACUUCGCCUUAUUUUCAUGGAAAGGGACGUGAAUUUUAAACACUGAGGUGUAAAAAACUCCAUAAAGUCAUAUAUCUGAAAGCGGUGACAGAUAACUGAAUAAUUCAUCAAGCAUUUAAAUCCUACGGCUGAACAACAAAUAUUACACUUGAUUCCCUAAAGGAAGAGAACGUCUCCGUUUUUGCUAAUUCAUCGCUGUUAAACGACAAAGGUAUUCGCCUAAAAUUCUAAUAAAUCAGGAAGAGUGGUUGAGCGCAACGGAUAUUUUAACGUAUUUUCUUGAGCCACUGUCAUUUGUCCCUUGGACAGUCUCAUAAAACUAGUGGGCUAGCUGACCGAAUCGUGGGGAAGUUGGUGUGGGGUUUGUCUUGCAGACAUCUUGCGGACUUUUUCUUGAACAAUUGGUAUUCCACAAAAUUUAUAUGUAUGCUAAUCUUUAGUCAGCAAAAAGUGCUGACCAUUUUUGUUCCACCGUACGCAAGCAAUUCUAGUAGGAAGUACUCUGGUUUACCACGGACUUUUAGUAUAUUAGUGUAUCUUGAAGGGGUCAGUAGACGGGCUACCUCAUGGAAUGCCAACCGAAAUCCCGAAAAUUGUUUCCGUUUCGAAAAGAUUAAUUAAGCAGGGUUGUAAAUCUAGUCAGCUCGCAACAUAAUUCUAUAAUAUUUCAGUUAUCUCAGGAUGUCAGCUUUCCAACGAACUUCUUUACGGUUGCAUAAAAAAACCAUGCUUUGAAAAAAGUUACCACUUAUGUAAAAAGACUUUUUCUCAUUGCUUUUCGAUGCCCUUAAAUGUCCAAUUAUAUUUCCUUGAAAAUAUGCAUUAAACUAUUUAUUCUUUUGCCUUUCAUGUAAAAAAUUACGUCUUCCUUUAACUUUAUACUCGAAGGAAGGGAAUAAUACGGUUUUACAAAGGGUUAUAAUUGUGAGACUUUCUAAUGCCGCUGAAUGGCCGUUCAUGAAAUGUCAUGUCUCUGCAUUUACCAAUGUGGCUUGUAAAUUUAACAAUAUUGGCCAAAUCCACUGAUAAAUUUUAUGAAUCUCAUAUGCUGGCCUCAUAAUGCCGUAGAGAAAUCUGUGGUUUUCCGUACGCGGAAAAUACACGGCUUGUAGUUUGGAAACCCUGAACGCAAGUGUAACGGUGGGUUGGGUUCAAAAUUAUUGGGGAAUUAGAAAAGUUUUUGAAAACCGAAAAUGAACCUCCGUUCGAGUAUAGAACUGUAAGAGAACGUAAUUUUCUACCGAAUUAUUUAAUGAAUGAAUAUUUGUAUGCGUGCUGUCCAUGAAAUAUAACUGAAUUUUUGAAGGCGUCGAAAACCAAUAAGAAAAAUUUUUACUACAUAAGCAGUCGUUUUUAACAGAGUGUAGUUUUUGCAUGCAGCCGUAAAGAAGUUCGUUCGGAACCCGGCAUCCUGAGGUAACUGAAUUAUAAUAGAAUGGUGCAGCAGUUUCACAACCUCUCUUAAUUAAUCUUUUCGAAAUGAAAACGCAUUUCGGGAUUUCGGUUCACAUUUCAUGAGUUGGUCCACCUACUGUAUGUCUAAAGUCAAAGACCCCGAAGACGCGGCGGCAUAUCCUUCCAACAGUUUGUUAGCUGUAAAAGUAACUUGCAGUCUCUAUCUUUCGGAUGCUCAGAGCAUCUUUAUUCCUCCCACCUUCCCCAUAUUGCCACUCUGAUACUUCCUAUGACUGCACACAGAAAUAAAAAAGGGGCUUAGAUGUUAAAAUGCCCCAGUAGGUCCGGAUUUGUGAUUUUGGGAAAUUUCCACCUGCUUAUUUCAUCCUUAAAGGCUUCGACGAGGCCGAACGGGCAGCCAGAACACAAACGCUGAACGCUCUCCUGGAAAAGGUGUUUGCGGAGUUCAUUCAGGCCGAAAAUGCCACCGUCUUGGAGCUUAACACUCAAAUUGAGGCGUGUAGACGGCAAACAGCAGAAGCCUGCCAGUCCCUUGGCUUGCCGCCCUACCUGCCAGAACGCGGAUUGACAAUUUGUCAGUUAAAAAAGGUGACUGUCUAUGUUCAAAAUGGCUCCAGUUUCAACUUGCGUUGCUUAAUUUCCGAGGAAAUUAAUGCGCGAACUUGGAGUAACUCUUUCGAAACAGGCCUUUUCAGGCACGGUCUAAAAUUUGAUAAGGAGAUUUGAGCUGAAAUCCAUUAGCUAAUGCGGAAUUACCGCUGAAUAUUCACAAACCGCCAACAGGCAGCCAGUAGUAUAGCAUUGUGCAAUAAUUUACCGUACUAACAACACAGGUAUUAGCUAAAAGCCCAGACACGCGUGUUUCGCCGAUCUUGUGCGCUGCCUGACGCAGCUGCGAGGGGUUCGGCUCGUCAGUGGGUCCCCCAGCUUUCCCCGUGUGUUUUCUGGUAUAUGAACUCCAGUUUCAACUUGCCUUGUUUAAUUUUCGAGGAAAUUAAUGCGCGAACUUGGAGUAACUCUUUCGAAACAGACCUUUACAGGCACGGUCCGAGUUUUAUAAUGGAGAUUUGAGCUGAAAUCCAUCAGCUACUGCGGAAUAACCGCUUACUAUUCACAAACCGCCAACAGGCAGCCAGUAGUAUAACAUUGUGCAAUAAUUUACCGUACUAACAACACAGGUAUUAGCUAAAAGCCCAGACACGCGUGUUUCGCCGAUCUUGUGCGCUGCCUGACGCAGCUGCGAGGGGUUCGGCUCGUCAGUGGGUCCCCCAGCUUUCCCCGUGUGUUUUCUGGUAUAUGAACUCCAGUUUCAACUUGCCUUGUUUAAUUUUCGAGGAAAUUAAUGCGCGAACUUGGAGUAACUCUUUCGAAACAGGCCUACGUUUAAAAAGGCUCCUAUUAGGUGCUAGUUCAAUUUGGCUUUAGAGUCGUAUAUCGACUGAGAUAGGGCACAUCCGUAGGCCUCUCUUCAUCAAAAAUAAAUCUUUUUGCAGCGAAUUUUAAGUCUCUACAGGCGGCACCAUGCAAAGGGUUGACUUCGCAGAUUUAUGCUAAAUGAGUUUUGCUACGGUUCUGCUGUUUGUGGAACCUGUAAUUAUCAUGCCUUGCAAUCCGAAAACGUUUGCUGAGAUGUAUCAUUAUAGCACCAAUAACUGUCAUAUGUUUAGUAAAGGUGUGUCUGGUAAAAGUCGCGUGUGACACACUACUUAACCGGUACAACUAUAUGUCAAGUAGAAAUUGAGGAGAGUCACAGGUGUAAAUGUAGCCAGUUAGAUUAAAGAAAGGCCUUACGUUUUAAAGAAGCACAUGGGAAACAUCAAAGAUAACCAGAAGGUCCACAUGUCUCACACUAUCCACCCGUAAACAGAACAAACUCUCUGGAUGUACACGGAAUAAAGGGGAAUCGGCUGAUAUGGAGCAACGACAAAGUGUGCAGCAAAAGUACUCAUUUUUGUCAAUUUAUCGGUCUGGAUAAGCAAUAAUUUCCGAGACUGUCCAAAUUAGUGCUUACACUCAAGUAAACUUCAAAAGCGGUUCACGCCAAUCCGGAGCUCCCGGCCUAACCACCAACUCAGUAAAUUAUAUGCGAAGGUUAAGGCAAAACUGUGCAGAACUGCAAACAAUAUUUUUAAAAGUUGAUGCUGUUUGGCAAAGUUUUCGUUUGCCCCUUCGUCGGCAGGAUAACCUUUGUCCCGAGUGGUCAGCACUGCUGAACAUUAGUUCAUUGUUCAACACCCCCAAACAGAACUCUUUGCUUAGAGAAAAGCUCAUUUUGUAAAAAAACGUUUUGGCAGGGACAGUAAAAAAUACCCCAAAUAUUGUUAGUUAUGUACGUCUGCCAGUAGAGCAGGAGUGUGAAAACCCUGGUGAAUUUGUCAAGCAAGACUUAGCAGCUUCUUUCCUCACGUAUAUACUAAAUCCUAGCCAAUACCUUAAUAGAGAUAUUGGAUCAUUGUUGAGCCUUCAUAUUCGAGUUUUACACACCGAAGUCAUGCGAUGUUAGCCUAGGUCUGGUUGGCACGCAGUUCCGUGUUGUCGGAGUGAGCUACGCAACCACUGUCUGCGAUUAUGGAACAGAAAGUGGCCAGUUAGUCGUGCAUUGAGGAUUCUUGCCAGUGAGAACCGGACUUCUGUUUAAAAGCUCCUUGGUUAGGUUAUUUGCAAUUGCCAUCAAAUGGUAUCCAUGCUUAGGUAGGAAGGCCUGGGAAAAUUUCUGACUCAGAAGCUGGUAGUUUUGCAUGCAACUAAUCGUUCUCAGGCUCAGCUUUCAGAGCUCCUCAGUCUAGGAGUUGGGUUAUGAUCCUCGCGUACAGUAAUUUGAUGAAAAUUAAAAUUAUAAGGAUUCGCUUGCCAAUUUAAGAAGUUCGGUGUGUGAUGGGAAAUAAGUCCUGGUAAAACUAGACUCCGACAUGUCAGUAGUUUUCCUUGACUAUUGAAUUAUUAAUUCCGGCAUUUGAAAAAUGAAGUUUGUUAGACACACCUGUCGUUAUCUCCCUUGAACUUAUCUCAGUUUUUGAGGAAAACAAAAAUGCAUAUCUGCAGAAUUACCUAACGCUGAUCUUGAAAUGAUCAACAUUCAAACCUUCAACACUGAAUGAAAUACCCAAUAUCAACCAACUCCGGUGUGUACGUCCACACCCGCAAGCUAAAUGGAGGAAAAUGUCAAACAGCUCCUUAGGGAGAGCAAACAGUUACAAUUUGCCAAGUUUACACGACGUCCCAAAAAUGUAUACACUUUGUGGCUAAUUACAAAACCGCCGGUUAGUAAAAUGCACUUCAGAAUUCAAUUUGGCAUAUACGUGUUUUCGGCAACUAUAGUCGCCAAUACAGUCACGCACGAAUUAAAAAUACAAGAGGUUCGCAUGGUUUAUAAGUGAUUAAGGAGCUGCUAACACUCAUCAUUCCCACUCACCCGCAUGGCGAUGUCGGCAUGUUAUGAUCACAUAGGCAAAGGAGGGGUGACAUAGACUGUGAGUGAUGUUUGUUAGUCGGGGACUUUGAGCACUCAUCAGUGCCAUCAGACGGUCGGGGCGGCGUGUUAUAAUCAUCUGGGUCUGCGUUGGCCAUUGAGGACUGAGCGCCUGUGUCAACGUCUUCUGACAACAUAGCCCUGAAUUCGACAGCGGUAAAACCACAGUCUCGGUUGUAGUUAGUAUUCGUUGAUAUAGGUCUCUGGAGACGUUUGCUGGUGUCUAGUAGAAAACCUGAAAGGCUUCCUUGGCAUUGACUCGGUGAUACAUAUCGACAAGAAGCACUAGAAUAGAAGUUCAUAUUAAUCUGUUUCAUCUCUGUCUCGCCAGAGAUGAAAACAAAAAACGCUUCGUUGUACGACCAAUGUCACCCGAUUCACAGGUGGCAAGUGAAUGAGUAAAGACACAUCGAUGUGACCUGCAGCGCUCUUUUCUUCCUAAACUUAGGAGGAGAGAGUUUGUGAAACAUACGCGUGAAUUCGUCGUGGGGAAUGCGCUAGUGAUCGCUGUCUGCAGACGUCGUCUUACUUGGUCGCUUGCUGGGUUCCUUGUCGAACAGUUCCCAAGGCUAUCAAGCAAAUCUCAUAAAGUAUACAAACACACCCUGUGACCAAUUACACCUGUCGUUAUUACCCUUGCACAAAAGGGCAUAUCCGUGGCGUUACCUGACGUCGACCUUAAAUUGCUCUUCACUUAGACCUCAAACAUAGCAUAUAAUUCUGAAGAUAGUCCAACUCCGAAGACCAAACCCAUGCCUGCAGCCUAUAUACGGCAAAAUGUCAAACUGCUCCUAGUGAAAUGCCGACACAAUCUCCCAAGAAUGCAUACACAUUCUGUCCCAUUAUAACGCGGGUUCUUGAUAAAAUUUAACUUAUUUUCUCAAUGUGAAAGAGGUCUGUUUUCAAACUUCUGUCCCAUCUGAUAAUAACGCGAAGCAGUAGAAUCGAGUAUACUGAGUCAGUUCGGUUAGCCGGUUUCUUUAGGCGUGAGCCGUUACUAAAGCCGACCCCAAAAAGUUGAGACAUGCCCAAUCUGGUGAACGAAAAGGGUGUUCAAGGAAACCACUUCAAUCAACUCACCUAGAUGGCAAGGUCACAUCAUGGUAGGAUCUUUCGCCACAGUGAUAGUGUGGAACCGCCUAUCUUUCUGAACCCAACAAAUGCAUGGUGGUUAAUAUUAAAACACAAAGCAGUCCUUUCUUAUCGAAAACGCAUUUCAGUUAACAUUUCAAAUACCUCCCAAGACACUGACAUGGCGGACUGACACGGUCUGUCUAUUUAAUUGAGACCAAUCAGAGAAGCGUCAAAAAGAAUGGUCCAAUGAAUCCCCAUUAUGGUACUCACACUGUGGUUUCCGGUAGAUUGAAUUCACACCCCACUUUGAUAUGAAGAUUCUCGUGCUUAAAGUUGGCAGCAAUUCGGCUGUCAUUGCGAUCAUGUAAUUUAAUCGUACUCUCAUCAGCACAUAAGACUUUCGUUGAAGCAUGUGUGUAUUUUGCGAAUCCUGCUAAACACUUUUAUGUUCGCAUCGUCUCUAGUGAAAGAGCAGAGGAAUUUCUGAAUACAACAUUUCCAGUGAUCACAAUUCAAAUUACGAUGGACGUAGAUUCCAAAAUCCAUGCGAUAAAUUUAUGUCUUAUUUGAUACUCCCAAAAAACUAAGCGGCCCAUUGACUGCAGUCCUUCCGAAAUCUCUCCGUAACGUGAUUGGUUAUUCACAAAGCCAUUGCAUUGAACGAAGGCUGUUAAUUCUGUUGACCUUACAUACCUUCGCGAUAUUCAACGCCUGCGAACAAUAGCCCCUUAUCGUUUUCUUAUUGAGUGGAACUUAUUUCUCGCCGCGUCUAGUCUGCCGAUAUUAGGCCUCAGAGAAAGGCCCUCGAUGACUCCGGUUUUAGGGCGGGGUGACCUAAACGACUUAGCUCUCCAAGGAUAUCAACGAACGUGGGCAACGCCCUUCCUUCUUCUCGUUUUAUUGAAUUGCACAAGGUCAAGUAAAACAGGCCUCGCCUGAAUAUGCCUGCAAUUUAUGGCUAUUGUUUUAAGAAACGCAAAAUGUGACUAGGGAUUUUGUAGCGCGUAAACGCUGCUUUUGCAUAUAGGCUCGUUUUAAUUUUGUGGACCUUUUAAACAACUAUGAACGCCCUGUCGCUGACAGACUGGUUGUCCCCAUAAUGCAGCCUAUUACGUCAAAUCGCGUAACCACAUUCGGUAUUUCAUUCGUAAAUUAGGAAAACAAAAUAUGCCCACUUUCAGAAACUUACAUUUGCCAAAGUUUCAACAUGCCUCGGAGUUUAUGCAACUUUGGCACGUAUUUAAGGAUAUUCAAAAGGCAAUUCGGCGAGCAUACGUCGGGUUUUGAUAAAUUCUCUUCAGGCCUGCACACUUACAAGGCUAUUGAAAUAAUGAAUUAAAAGAUAUGAGCAAGUAUAUAGUUAAGCUGUAGCUCGGGUUUGGAGUGGGGAGGGAAUGGGGAGAGUGAAACACCACAAGAAGGCGUCUAACUCAAGCUGUUUCAAAGACCUUUCCAGCAGCUGACACCCGUGUACUGUUCUCCACCAGUCCCAUCCUGUACGGAGAGGGCAAGGCCAAACUACCAGCUCAGACCACCUCUAUGUGUAUUUACUCCUUCACCUGUUCCUGUGGGGCAGAAUAUAUUGGUCGCACGGGCCGGCGUUUAUCCAAAAGAAUAAAAUAACAUUUUCCAGCAUGGUUAGGAAAGGGUCAAAUAAGGAACAUCAACAGCUCGAUCCUCGCGCAUAUGGUAAACACAGAUCACCGUGCAGACGCCAGAGGGGCCUUCAGAGUGAUUUACAAGGUCCCAUCAAGCUACCCAAAACUGCUUGGGCAGCGCUUGUUGGCUACGGCAGAGGCGGCUACAAUCAGUCUACGCGGACCGGUCCUAUGCGCACAGAAGAACUCCAUACAGGUCCCACAUUUGUCAUGGCUCAAAGCCACUAAGCCAGCCACCCGCAUGUAAUUACCUUCACCUGGACCCACCUUCUCCCUGACGCUGACUGAAAUUGUGGUGUUUCACUCUCCCCCUCCCCUCCCAAACCCGAGCUACAGCUUAAUUAUCUACUUGCCCGUUUCGUUAAAUUAAUUACUUUAAUAGCCAUAUAAAUGUACAGGCCUGAAGAGGAUUUAUCGAAAGCAGACGUAUGCUUGCCAACUUGCCUUUUGAAUUUGAGGAUAUAUUUGGCCUAAAAAGUGUUUACGUUGGUGCGCGUUUCCGGCUGGUUUACAUGAAAUGUGACCCCAGGUUAAUUCGAUAAUGGCAGUAUGCCGCGUGGAUCCACUUUGGAAGAAAAUAAAUACGGUGACUAAACUUAACCACAGGGUCAUUUUUGCUGGACGUUUUUAUGACUGUUGACCUUGCGAUGUGUAGAUCGUCAGGCAUGAGGCAUCGGCACCAUAACGACGGUACACGCGAAGUAUUUGAGAUUGCCUUGCAUGUUGGGCGGGUUAUAUGCUGGUUGUCACACCAGUGAACAAACCAUGGACGCAGAUUCCUAUGAAAAUAAAGUAUCCUUAUGACGCCCAAAAUCAUGCCCGCACAUAAUGGCGAUGCAUUUUGACUUCCGUACAUUCAUUAAAAGCCAAUCAUCUUCUAGGAAUCUGCGGCGGGCGGCGAAAAAUAAUUAUUUACCUAAAGUUCUGUUCAUCGAUCCAGUACUAAUAACAGAAAAAACGAGUAGUCAGUUUUUGCUCCCUAUCAUUUGCUAUCCGUUUGAGGACACUCUGAAACUGAGUCUAAAACAUAAAUCCAUUGUGGUGAUAAAUUUAUUGAAAUGCUGAAAUUGCAGGUACACUUUGCAGCACUUAUGGACUUCAUCAGAGGCUUUACUGAACAUCUGAUAUGGUAGUUUAGGCCAAGAAAUCUUCUUCAGACACCCUUCAUUUUUCACUACGUACGGGACCGGUAAUAAAGUGAUUUGCGGCAAUAGUUAUGGGGCUUAAAUGUUAGCAGUCGCAUGCGCAAUUCUCCCCGCCUAGGUCUAUAAAAAAUGUUACCUGGAGACUUGUUAUGGGAGCUCUCUGCUCCAAGUAUAUUUUUCUACGCAACUUAUGUGAUGGGGAUUUGUUUAAACAAUAAACAUGCAUUGAGUUAUGUUCAGACACACCUUGAUAACAAGCAUGUACAGCAGAAUUUACUGGGGUCAAUAUAUUUCGUGACGGCUUUUCAACUGCAGCCCGUCUCUGCAUAACAUAGGUAACGAAUGAAAGCGCAAAGCAGUUUGAAUUUGUACAGAGUGGCAGUGCAUAAGAGCAAGGUCAAGGUUUAAGGCAAUGAAUAAUCAGAUAAGACGUCCACAUAAGCAUAAUAUAGGAAAGAGGUAGACGAAAUGUUAACAACAAAUCACAGUCAGGGGAAAUUCGAGGCGUGAGAUUACCAGGGCAAUUGCAGAUUGAUCACGUGAUCUAACUGCUUGCACAGGUCUGGUUUCUCCCUCCGUAUGUAAGCUGCUUCCAAAUAACGCAAGGUUCGAGUUGUAUGCGCUCGGACAAGUACUCGACAAGAUGCUUUAGGGUCGACAACAUGACCGCUAUCUAACAGGUGUUUCGUUAUAGACAAACGGGGGGUUUUGCUUUCCUGUUUUAAAAGCCAAUUAGGCAAAAGCUCAGUGGCCCUGGUUGCCAAUUGCCUUUGCGUUCGCCCAAUGUACUUGCAUCCGCAAGUGCAUGUGAAUUCAUACACACAAUUUGGGCUGGCGUGCAUUGGCAAGGCAUCCUUUGCCCGGUUAAUUGGAAGGCUUUUUGUGGAACUGAUGAAGAUAAGCUCUGCUGCGUUGUACGUUCUUUCUAUAGUGCAACGCAAGCGUCGCUUGAUUGUGUUUGAGACGUUGUCAUCCUUAAAAUGUAAACAUAUCAUAACGGGUUUCUUCGGAACGGAUUGUUCCGUCAAUUUGGGCCGUAAAUGGCUGCUGUACUUCUGAAUGAAGCGUGCAGGAUAACCACGGUUACGUAAGGCUGCUUUGAUUCGGGCAGUUUCUAUAUCUAUGGUCUCCCUGGGGCAAAUAUUUCUCGCUCUUUGAAAAAGAGUAUGUAAUAGAUUACGUUUCCAUUGUAUUGGCGCAAAGCUUUUAAAAUGUAAGUAUUGCCCUUUCCACGUAAUCUUGUGGAAGACGGAGCAUCUUGAUAAAUCGGCGCGAUAACGUAUGCAAUAAAAUAACCAAAAAAUAAAGCCCUUUGGAUGGGUGCAGCGCCAUUUUGUAUUUUACUCCGGCGUUUUGUAGAAAUGCAUGCAAGUCUAACUAUCCACACAAAUUUGGGCUUACGCGAUUGCUACCUACUUUAGUUGGGCAACGUGUUCAUUUAGUUACUGACUACGGAAAUAGUAUUUUCGACUGCGUACUUACUCUAUUCAUUUGUUUGUGUUGAAUUUAUUCAGCUGAUAUUCCGCAGUCCACCACAAAAUUACGCUUCGUCUACUUAUUUGCUUAAGGGCAACGUACGCCAUAAAGCCGCAGGAAGAUUGAACAUAAUACCUUUACAUGGCGUGGUUACUUUUCAGGCUCAUGAAUCCGAUUAAAAAAAGGAUAGGUUUCCAGCUUUCUUAUCAAACUAUUAAUGACUUCAGGGUACAGUUCAUCAGUGUGUUUAUCUACUUCUAACUGCCGAUGGUCCAGGCUUCAAUUACACUGGGGUGUAUUGACUGUUUUGACUAGUGUGUCAUAAAUAUCACAUUAAGAAGACGCCAUUACAAUAAAACCAAAGAUAUUUCGUUCCAUAUCCCAGGAUUUUUAACGUCCUGCGUUAGGUUCAGGGCAUUGUUCGUUACUUAAGAUCAGAAAGCACACGGUAACGUAGAAGAACAGGUAACCUCUCGUAUUAAAAGCGGCCCUGCGCUACAUCCCAGGGUCAGCUCAGGUUUACGGUCAAAGUUUAUCGAAAAGCCACCUCUACUAUGGAAAUCGAUAGACGUCAGUUUAAAUAUUCAAAAGAAAUCUUUUGAUCGAAUAGAAGGUUUGCGCUGCAGAGUGCACGUCGCGUGCUUAUGGAAAAAUAGGAUGAAUUUAACAGGCUUAAAAUUCCUUAACGCUUGCUGAAAAUAAUCACUUCAUUUUGGUAAUCUGGACUGCCAUUAUAAUCGUAUUCAAGUUUUAAACGCUUAGAAACCUAUCACCAGUCUAUGGAUCAUCAGUUUGGCCUAAGAAAUCGUGAUAUUACGGUCGUCAAUAAACAAAUAAGUUUCCUACAUUAUUACGUAUUAGUAAGUAGGAAAUCCGGUAAAAUGCAGUUAUUUAGCGCAUUCCCAUUAGCGUUUCGUUUGCAUACAACUACUUGACCUUGUCGCCCGUGCGUUUCCCGGCUCCAACUGUAAUAAAAUCCCUAUUACCACCGGCCACCUAUUGCACGUGGUUGGGGUUUAUUUACUUCAGGUGGGACUACAUAACCAUAUCUGACCGGUAAUCCUUAAGAAAUACUGCGGGUUUAAACCAUUAUCUUAAUUCGACCGUUCAACUACAAGAAGCAGGAGAAUCCCCAUUAGGGGACUUUGCUAAGCAUAGAUAUACUCAAAAGAAUAACGAUACAAUUUAUGCCAGAACUUUGUUUAUAAUUUAUAUAUAGCAAUUAUUCAUAGCGGGUAGCGCACACGAAUACAAAACCCCUAUAUUACAUGUGGUCUUGUGCUAGAUUUCAGGGACAUUAGUAUUUAGGUUAGGUUUGGAGGACCAAGGUUAGGUUAUGAGGGAUAGCACUAGUAAUAAGUUUAAGGAACUAAAAUAGCGAUUCAUAUGUGGACAGAAGUUACUUUCUCCAAAACAUCAGGAGAGCGUCGUCCAAUUGUAUGGCAUGUCAACAGUCAGUGUACAUACUCGAGACUUGCUGCUUAGCAGGUUCUUACAGCUUGCAGGCUUCUGUUUACUUUCAACUCUCUGCGGCUCUUUCGGGUCGCUCGUCAAACUGCCGUCAGUGAAGGUUUUUAAUUUUGUUCAGCUACGCAAGCAGCAUGAGAGAUGACCUCUGCCCUAAAGGUCAGACAUUUACCUGAGUUGGUACGUACGUUGACAGUACAUGGAGACUAGGAUGCAGUAGGUGGCACUCAUAUAGCACGAUGCGUCACUCUCAAAUACGACAGCCGACUGCGUAUGGAAAAGCACGGUAAAACCUAACGCCGCGGCCAGUAAAGCCUGCCUCGUCAAAUACUCUCGUUGUAUUUAGGACCUAGAAGAGAAAGUGAAGGAACUGCAGGAUGAACGAGCGAAGAGGAUAGCAGAAUACAGAAAUCUUCGGAAAGAGCUCCUUCGAAUCAGCGUCCAGAUGGGGCUAGAUGCAGAAUCAAUCAAACGAAAAAUGCAAGAAUUUCCACCAGUCGCAAGCCCGCUAUCCUCUGGUAAGUGCCUAUUACUGUCAUUCUAACUCGAUGACCUCGUAUUGUAUAUGGAAGCAGUGUCGACGACAGAUGCUCCAAAGGUUAUUAGAAGUCACGUUAAAUUGUCGACAGUCAGUUAGACGGUCAAAGUUGUCAACAAUUAGACAGUUCAGAAUUUUAAAAUAAAAACACUUCCCUUGAGCACAUAAACAUUUACACUGCAAUCUUGUUGAUUUUUACCUGGAAAUUGUCAGUGUGCUCAAGCCCGAGGACUGAAAAAUAAGAGGACAAACGUGUUCCGUGCUGUAAGUGCCUUGAUGGACGAACCCAACACUAUAUAUGUAUAUGGCCAUUCCAGUUUCCCUUGUCUUUGUCGGUAAUAUCAUUCUGCCUAUAUCAUGCGCCGCUGUGCGGCUGCUGGUUGGGCUCGAAAGAGAGUCCAUAAGGCACAACGGAAUGAGUAAGUUCAGCAAGAACGAUCGGUGAGGGCCCCCCACCAAUAUAUAUAUAUAUAUAUGAAGAAGAGAGAAGGCUCGUCGGAAAAAUUGAGUUGUACUCGUUUUUCCGACGAGCCUUCUCUCUUCAUCAUAUUAUCUCGGAAUGCACAGUACCUCAGCUAUCCAAUAUAUAUAUAUAUAUAUAUUAUGAUAGUGGGCGCUCACCGAUCAGGUUGCGGAACAUGCUUGUUCCGUUGUGCCUUGGGGCUCAUACUUAAACCCUCGCAGGCAGUCGCACAGCGACUAGUAGUAGAUAUAGAUGAGAUGGUACCGACAAAGACCAGGGAGACCGGAAUGGCUAUUUCUGGCUUAUUAGCCGUCAUCAGCCAGUCAUACCCAACCCCAAGUGUGGAUCACUGGAGAUUCGAACCCGGGAUCUUUGGUCAUGGAGUUUGGCGCUGAUGACGGCUAAUAAGCCAGAAAUGGCCAUUCCGGUCUCCCUUGUUUUUGUCGGUAUCACCUCAUCUAUGUCUAAUACUGAUCGCUGUGUGACUGCCUGCGAGGGUUUAAGUAUGAGCCCCAAGGCACAACGGAACGAGCAUGUUCCGUCAACUGAUCGGCGAGCGCCCACUGUCAUAAUUAAUAUUCCCGAUCACAACUGACAGGACAACGGGCCCGUGGCUCAAUGGUAGAGCGUCAAACUCCAUGACCAAAGAUCCCGGGUUCGAAUAUCAAGUGAUCCACACUUGGGGUUGGGUAUGACUGGCUGAUGACGGCUAAUAAGCCAGAAAUGGCCAUUCUGGUCUCCCUUGUCUUUGUCUGCAUCAUCUCAUAUAUAUAUGAGCACGCGGACAUAGCAGCGACUUGGCAGGGAACAGAGGUCACACGAGCGGCCCAGCAUACGGCCACGGAGAGACCAAAGCCACUUCUACACCAGCAGGGAGAUCAGAGUUCGGGCACCAGGCGUGCCUUAAAUACGAGACAGGUGGUGGGACAGGACAACUUUGGGCCAGCAGGAACAAACACCUCACAACUUUGAUGAUGAAGACGAGGAAGUUUCCAAAACCUCAGCACCAAUACAGCGUGGUCCAUGGAAUCGCUUCUUUUUCAUCCUCGUCUUCUUUUGGAGAUGGUGAGCGGAAUAUAUAAGAUAUAAAAUGCGCGUUAAGAUGCUAAUACGACAGAAGCAGGCAGCUGUUUCACGAUCAGUACCGAUCGUCAAUAUGUGAAGAAUGUUUCACAAGCAAAAUCAGGAUUCUUGAAACUUUUUGGGAUUGUUUUAGUUCACCAACUGCUAUCAACAAUCAGACCGCAAAUCACGAAGUCCAAAGCCUCGCUGCCAGCGACACUUCACGUUAAGAUUUUGAUAAGAAGCAGGCAAUAGCCUUGGCACGAGAUUGCACGAACGGCAACUUGCAAUCAACCGCAAGAUGGACUGCCGCUAGUCUGUGGCCGCAUUUGACAGCAGAAAAUGAGGUUUAUCGGACGAGUCAAUAAUAAAGCGGCAAAACUGAUGCUGAAAAUUUGGUCGCCGACUGGAACACUGAACCGAGCCAUAGACCUACUAACCGUCAACUUGGCGCUCGCAACAAGAUUCGAGUCCGUUCAGACGGGACCAAUAGGACGGAUAAAAAUAGUCAUGCGGGGCCUACAGCCGACGCCUGUCGAGAAAUGAGCAGGCGCCGACCGGAAGUCGCAUGACCGACGUAGCACUGCCUCGCCGCCGCGGCCACAAGGCCGAAUUCCCAAAAGGUUGGCAUGAAUACAACUUGGUAUACGAAAUCGCCCUUUCUUCUUCGUCUUCUUCGGUGGAUGGUGAACACAGUCAACAUAUAUAUGGCAAAGAUGUUAUUCCAUAUUCUCGACAUCCGUACUAGCUAAAAGCCUAGACACGUGUUAAGACGAUGUUUUUGCUGCUCCACGAUGCAACAGAGAGGGAUUCGGCUCCGUAGUGGGUCCUCCACGGCUAUCUAUGAGGUUUUUGAUAUAUGAAUUCCAGAGAAUGAUCAAGCGCUACGGUCGUGGGAAUCGGAAACCGAUGGUGUAUAAUCUAAACGUAUUUAGGAUUCAUGUGACGAGCUCUCUUUAGAUAAAGGAACAAAAUGUCUAUGAGUCUAGGCGACUGCAUAAUUUUUUUAUUCUGUCCUAUUCAUUCAGUUGUCUCAGAUCGGUAACAUUGUACACUUAUAGCGAAAGUCCGACAGAAACAUCACUCAUACCCUCAAGUCGGCGAUAACAACUACGAACCCAACUUUAUCUACUUUCGCUAUUUGCAGAUGGUCAGGUUCCCACACUGAAGGAACUAGCACGCAUGAGGUCACUUCUAGAGACCAAUAAGGCAUCCAUCGAACCUUUGGUUGCAAAAUUCCGGGGCCUUCAGGCCGACAUCCUCCGUCUUUCGGCAGACAUCGACUAUCAGCCGCAGAAUGAGAAGGAGCAGUCCCUACUGGCGCAGACUAAUACAGGGGACCAAGAAGACGGUCAAAAUGAAAUUCAGGCCGAAGAGAAUGGAGAAUGCGGCGUGGACAUUGAUACUGAAAUUCAGGCAGUUCAGGCGAACUGCAGUGGAGCUCUUCCCACCGAAGAUGAUUUAGAGGUAAUUCGAGUAACUUUUCAACAAUGUGACAUUACGUCUGGAGAAUGGAUAAAAUAUGCGAAAAGACCACCCACCAACCAAUACCCUUCUCUAGGUCCUUCUUUAAGAAUCCAAUAUCUAACACACACAUUGUUCGUAGGUUUGCAGUAAUUACGGCAGGUGGGAUAACUCAAGAAAUGUCAACCGAAAUUCUGAAAUGCGCUUUCGUUUCGAAAAGAUAAAUUAAAUAGGGUCGUGAAACUAAUAAUCGUGCAGUAUAAUUAUAUAAUAAUUCACUUGCCAUGGAAUACUGACUUUUGGACGAACUUAUUUUCGGCCGCAUGCAAAGGCUAUACUCUGCACAAAACGAUUACUUAAGUAGCAUGCAUUUUUCUCGUCGAUUUUCUAUGCCCUAAAAAACUCAAUUGUAUUUCAUUGAAAACAUGCAUGGAAAUAUUCACUCUUUUACACGUUCGGUCGAACACUGCAACCUCUUUCGACUUUAUACUAAAAGAAAGGAUAAAUUCGGCUUUUAAAACUUUCCCAAUUCGCGAAUAACUUUGAACACGACCCGCCCCUACACGUGUAUUCAGGGUUUCCAAACUAAAACCGUAUAUUUUCAGAGUACGAAAACCAUAACUUUCUCUUCGGUAUAGAUAGGAGACCAUAUGAGGUUUAUACAAUUCAGCGGUGAAGUUGAGCCGUAUUGUAAACUUUAGAUGCCACAUAACUUAAUGCAGCGACAAUAUGAACAGGCAUUUCACGGUCUUAGAAGAUGUCAUGAUUGGGAACAUUUUGAAUACCGAAUUAUAGCAUUUCUUUAAGUAUAAAAUUGGAAGAAAACGUAAUUUUCUGCCAAAUGAGUAAGAGAAUGAAUAUUUUUAUGCAUGCUUUCUAUGAAAUACAAUUGAAUUUUUUGGGACAUCGAAAAUCGAUGGGAAAAGUUCAUGUUGUUUAAGUAGUCAUCUUUAGCAGAGUAUGGUUUUUGCAUGCAGCCGGAGAAACGUUUUUUUCGAAAGCCGACAGCCUUAGGUAACUGAAUCAUUAUAGAAUCAUGUCGCACUGUAAUUAGUAUUACGAUCAUUCUUAAUUAGUCGUUUCGAAACGAAAACGUAUUUUGGAAGUUUUAUUGUCAUUUCAUGAGUUAGCCCACCUACUGUAACUGGCCACACGGGAGUUGCGCUGGAUCAACGCGGGUCCAGAUCAGGGCACGGCAGGCGCUUUUUGGGAUGGCGGGUGUGGUGGUACGUCUAGGCGCAGGAUUACGCCUCAAUGGCCACCUGCACCCGAUCCCGCCUCCGGUCUUCUCGAUUCUAUCUUGACACAAAGCCUAUAACAGCGAGGGAAGAGAGAGUGCAUUAGAAACAGUGCAAGUGUACUAUCAUCGUAGACUAAUUCAAGCACACCUCGCCGUUCCUAAGCCCACUAUGCUGUGGGACACACCGUGGAUAUCGUCGAGAUCGGUGUCGAACUAUCGUAUUGGUUACGUGUGAGGCACGCGUAGAUGUACCGCUUACCUCUAUGAGCCAUCGGGCCACUCUCAUCACCAGUUGGUAAAGAGACUGGGACAGUCGACUAGCGCCCGGAAGAGGAGAAAGCGAGUGAGGCCAACACUGGGGACUUUAUCCUUAUGGCAGAUCAACGAACUAACCAUCAGGAAACUGAUAUGCAUCAAUCACCAUGACGCGAUGAGAAACGUCGCUUGGAAAUCUGCCAUACUGCAAAGUCAGGUCCAGUGACGCCUCCUGGAUGCGACGCUCUCAAUCAGAUGAGAUUCGAGCAUCAUAGUAGUUUUGUGGAGCGACUUGGGGAGACGAUGUCGAGCUGCAAAGGUUCCAGCUUGAUGAAACCUUGAUGUCAUUCUUGCGUGUGUGAGAUCUGACCUGUCCGCAUAGUAACCUGGCAAACGCCGUGACGAACGCGUGUUGUACGCAUGGGCGGACUGAAUAGUCCCCUUCAGCCAGGUCUGGUCUUUUUAACAUUGUACUGUUACCGAUAUAAGACGGAUAAGUGCAGGGGAAGUGUGAUAGAUCCUGUGCAAAUCUACCUGCCUGUGAAGUAAUUCACGCGUAAGUUGUCGGUGCUGUCCCAGUUCCGUUGGACGCGCGAUGGACGCCGUCGUUUGCGACGGCUGGACCUACUUAUUGCGUUCAAAGCACUUUAUAGUCAUUUUAUAUGAGUUGAAAGUCCAAUCCAAGCCAGAACUGCUAAGACACUGUUUCAAAAAACACACACACAAAUCCAGAACAAUUUGUCGGUCACUUCCCAUCGCACGUACAUCUUACGGCACAUUAGGCUGGCCAAGCUAAAGCAGCCAGCAUUUUUUGAAGGCAUGCCGAUUACGGCUGAAAUGUGCGCAGUUUAAAGUGAGGAUGAAGAAGGCCAACCGAAGGAGCAUCAAUAGGAAAAACCACCUAAUCAGGCGGUUUGUUUAAACCGCAGUCAAACUAGCCAUUUAAAUUCUGAAGGGUUUUUAAUCCCUCAGUUUGCGUCAGCAAUUUUAUGAUUCUGACAGCGGCGUAACUUGCCCUUGUAAGUAGAAGCAGUUCAUUCUACUCUGGCGCAGCAGGGCAAAAAACCAAAAGUCGAUUUUUGAUUAAAAGAAGUAUAAGACAGUGUAAGCUAGAAGAGGCUGAACAAGCAAUUUAAAUCUCGCUCUCCAUCCUUGGAUUUCUGGCAGCAGCGGAGGAGGGUGCAGUAAAACUGGGAAAUCGGGACAGUUGAUCAAGCAAAAGUCGAGUCGUGAGUGUGGGGAGGUAUCGCUGCCCAAACGUCGAAAAUAAGAGCUGUCGAUUUUGGUUAAUCGGUUAGACACUGGGCCUCAAGGAUUGUAAACAGGAUCAGCAACCCACGGCUCUUGGAGUCUGGUGUGCGCUGAAAAAUCUAUGGCACCUGGUUUCCUGUUGAUAGAUGCGAUGCGGUCUCGUAGGGUAUACAGGUCGUGCACAUGGCUGCCCCAUCAUCCUCGUCGUCUUUCUGAUUCGUUGUGGUGGUGUUGAUGUUGGUUAAAAUUCUGGUCAAGUGUUUGCUGUAAAUGAGGGGGUGUGGUGGUACGCCGAGGUACGGGUCCGACUGUGUCAGCCACCUGCGACUUCCCUCGCCUUCGGUCUUCUUGACUAUGUCUUGACAUCGGCCUAUGUGGAGGUGAGGCUGAGAGUGGAGGAUAGAGUGCAGUAGAUGCUGCGCAAGUCCCCUCUCACUUUAAACUAAUUCGCAAGCAAGUCACCGUACCUGCUUCACCUUGCUAUGAAGCACAUGGUGGACAUCAUCGGGCACGAGGGUCGAACUGUCGGUUAGACACUAAAAUGUGUGACUAGAUGACGGUGUCAUUUAUUGCGAGGGCUUUCCAACCGGUGACAGGUUACACAGUUCUAUGAAUAGGUGCAAGCGGAUAGACUUCGCCCUUAGCUGAGCAGCAAACGUAGGAUAUGGGUAAAACAUUUGGAAGAUAGAUUACAGAGAUGAGAGGAAUUUUUUCGAAGGACAUGACCAGCAAUCUGUUGACCGUCUUCGGGGAUCUCGUUGCUACACGGUGCGGGCGCCCAUUUGAUUACUAAUAAAUGAAGCCAUAAGUCACGGGAACACCAGCACCAAUGCAAUUCGAAACUUGGACAUUGCCAUUCCAGCGUUCAGUUUUUAUUCCUAACUGACUCCCAAAUCAUAGUUCCCUUUUAAAAAAAAUCAACUCAGCCGAAGUCCGCGCUGAUUAUGAAACGUGAUUGCACGUCGUCUUUCUUUUCAAUUCCAUAAAGAAAAUGGAUCAUUUUUUUGUGUCGACUAAAGUACUUAUCUUUUUUGCACUUUUAUAACAUCUGCCUUAUGGGUCAAAAAUGUGACCCUGGAAAGUUCCGAAUGCAACCAUAUGACUCGUAUCCUUGGUAUUAGCCAUAACAACUUCGGUAAGAUGUGGUUUGGUGGCUCCACCUGAUGGACAUAAUACUGUUGAGGUUGGGGUAAGGGUUAUGAUUAGGAGUUAUGGUUAGUGUUGAGGGUUGGGUAUUAGGGUUAGGGGUUUUCUGUUCGGGCUUAGUGUUUAGGAUUAGGGGAUAUAGCUACGGGUUAGGAUUAGGGGCUAAAACAAUUAUUUCUCAACCAUUCAAUGUACAACCGCGCCUUCCCAAUGCCUUUUUUUCGCAUGCAACUUCUUGAUCUCGUCACCUGUGCGUUCCCCAGCCCAACCUGUACAAACCCCUGUUACUACCGGUCCCGUAUUAGAUGUGACUGGGGUUUGUUUACUUGAGGUGGGGCUACAUAACCACAUCCGGCCCUACCUUCUAGGUCCAAACUCCGUAAGGACUUUCGAAUAGUUGUCUUCACUAAAUGCACGUCACCCUGAUAAAACAGUCAGCCACGUGGAAAUUCUAAAUUAUGCUUUGUUAGGACCAAAGUUAACUGCUAUCAGGGUUAGCGCAGAUUACUCUCUCCUCCUACCAUUCCAUGCUUUUUUAAUAUUCGGAGAUCAUCAAGCCGGGAACUGGAAUUUUAAAUGAUGUAGAGUCAACUUUAUUUAUUUAACACGACCACGCGAAAGUCCUUGGGCAUUCCAGAAGUUUGCUACUUUGCCUAGCGGAGAACAUUUACGCUGAUGCAGGCGACAUGUUUGUUCAAUUGUUAGGCGCUCACAUAUCGUCUGCAUAACUUCUCAGGCUGGAGGCUUCAUAGGAUACCUAUGCAAUAAGAUAAAGGUUGACUGAAACCAAGACGCUCAGAUUUCCCAUCCCCUAUGCUUGGGCCAAAAAUAGCAUAGGCAUUUUGGCACGGUAACUACCAUCCCUGCAGCAGCUGCGUGAACUGUAUUUUGAUUGGCCUGCUUUCCCACGUGGGAGCGAAUCAGAAGCAUCAUAUACGAUCGCAGGCUGCGUUUUGAUUGGUAGCCAUCCACAUCCAACUGCCAACGGCUGCAGGGCAAUGUUUUGCUGAGAAGGCUAUUCCCGGGUUUUUAAGCGUUCAAAAUAUGCCUGUUAAAAUACUCUAGGAUGGGCGUGGCUAGGUGCACGUACCAUGUCGUUCACUGUUGUAGAGGUCCCAGCUCUGCACUGUUGGGGACGCUGUACGCCAGAAUAUGUAACAGUUCGAUUUUGGGAAAGUUUUAGCCCGCAACAGUCAAAUGAUAUUUGCAUCUCGUGACUUACCAGUAAAGCUUUAUAGAUAUCAGCUCAGGAUGUAGAUGUUAGUGAGUUGCCGUGAGGACAUGUACUGAGUUAGGCGGCUAUAUCAAAGUUGGUAUCCAGGCCCCGCAUUACAGGUGGCUAGGGGGGUUUGUUUACUGGGGCUAUUUUGUGGGGCUCCAUUAUCACAUGUGAUCUAUUUGGCUCCCAUUUUGCGGUUGAGGUUAGGAUUAGGGUUCCGGUUAAUAGUUUCCGAUUUUCGGGUUAUCGUUAUGAACUAAGGUUUAGGUUUUCGAGUUACGGUUAGGAUUUGAGCGUACGAUUGGGUUUUAGUAUUGCGGUUAGGUUUUCCAGUUACGCCUAUGCCUAAGGGCUACAGUUGCGUUUACGACUUCGGUUAGGGUCAGGGUUGCCGUUAGGGUUAACGGUUAACGUUUAAUGUUGAGGUUAGGGUUAGGGUUAAGGCUAGGAUUAGGGUUAGGUCGCCAUCCGCUCCCCAUUCCUGGCUACCAACUGCGAUCUAACCCGAGUUGCUUUGUUAUGGAUCGUGGAUGGUCAUUGGCCGACCGAGAAAUUCUAAUUGCGAGACAGUUCUUUCAGUCCAACUGAGGCAGAUUUAUUGAAUCCAGAUGAGUUGUUUGUCCGUCAGACCAGGUCGUAGAACAGACUACGUGCGCAGCGCUAGCUUAAAAGCUCAAGACUACGAGUGUGAAUAGUUGUCAUGUGAAAAAGAUCAAUAAUACUAUCUGGCAUGAAAAUCCAAGGCAGAAUUCAAUGUCCCUGCGCGGUUUUGAAAUCAAGUCAGACUGGCGUCUGAAACUCUCGUAUGCUUCUAAAAACGUCGUUAACAGACGUAGAACAUGACGUUGUAGAGUAGUGAUCUGGCUUUGGAAAUUAAGGCCUUUGCUACCACCCGCGGUACAGAUGUAAUGCUAGCGGUCGCUUUCGUUCCUAAUGGCUCAUGGCCAAACUUGAGAUCGAUAUUUGUGGUCCUGGUGGUUGUAACAAUGAAGACUGAUCUCUUUGUACUCUUCAACAGAGUCCCAAAUUUUGUGGGUGAAGGGGGGGAGGGGAGGGUUUUCAUCUAGAAGUCUCAAUCCUGCAGCUGCAUUCAGACGGGUGAUACAGGGCUUUCUCUAAUACAGAUGCUUAGUAAAGGGGUUGGGGCAACGGUAGAGUGAAGGACCAAACUUAACUGUCGGUAGACAGUGCAUCCGGUCAUAUGGGAAUGGGGGUAAUGUGGGUUUUACGGAUGGGCCAGAACCCAGACAAUAAGCUGAUGGAAUGCAUUAGAACAGAGAAAUUGGCUGGAUUCUGCCGAAUGUCUUAUCGCACGCUUUCGAAUGGAAGCGAAAAUGAACGCGUUAAACAGCAUAUGAAUAAAAAGCAAAUUUUCGAAAAAAUAACGGAGUUUAAAUAAUGGCUUGAGGUCAUGUGAAGUAACUAUUGUCGGCAGUAUCGUGUCUGUAACGAUUUGCAAGUGCACGCCAUAUAUAAUUCCUAAUGACACGGUCCACAUUCUACCGACAGUUAAGUGGGGUCAUUCACCAUACCGUUACCUUUACACCAUAAAUGAUGAAUGCUGAUCUAACUGCUUGGGAGGACGGUCCAAGCAAAUCCAACCCCAAUCCUGAGUCCCUGGGUAUCAAAACUUGCUCAUAUAAACAUUUAUCUUUACGUUUACGUUUUGAAUUUGCAAAUUCUGGAUGCAAAUGCUUGAGAAGCAAGCUGAAAAGUGAACUGAAACACGACAUCCAGAGCCCUGAGAGGCUGCAGCCAAUGGGCUACAGACCACGCCAGCUUAAUUAUUUGCCAUUUACUUCCAACAUGCGCGUUGGCCCUGGUGGCUAAACAGUUAACCUGCCGAAAAUUCUAGCACGAUUUUGUUUACUUGCACUUUGCCUAGAGUGUUAAGUUCGGCCCCAUCUCGGUCAGUAUUCAUGUUUUUCUCUUCGUGAGUGGCUUCAUCAGAAGCUGGCUUAUCGAUGGAAACGAAUAGACGAGUUCCGAGAAACGGUUCAGAACAAAAAGAUUCGAUAUCUGGGAAAAGAAGUUUAUCGGCCUGAAGUUUCGGUCUCUCACUCGAACACAUCAUCAUAGACAGCCACAGGUAUUGAGUGGUGGGGGUGCAAGGAAAGCAUUGUUUACAGCCUGCAAUUGCCAUGCAACCACAGACUUAUUCCAAUUACCCGCAUCGGCAUUCAUCUCUGGGGGUGGGGUCGUAUUUCAUGCCACAGUUGCUUAUUCACCCGCACCGCAGUUGUUAUUCGCCGUGAGUUCACCACGAUUGUGAUCUGUGAAAUCAGAGUUACUCAUUGCAUCAUAUGUGACUCCCGGCGACGGAUGCGGAUGCUGUUAAUUAUAGUAAGCCUGUAGUUUUAUGACAGCUGUUCCCUGCAAAUACUGCGCUCCUUCUGCUUUCGUCGUUCCUUAUCUGCCGCUUGUCUCUUCUUGCGUGUUCAAAUGGAAAUUCGAAAAGUCGGGCCAAUAUAGUUCUUGUGACAGUGAUCGCAUCUUCUUCUUCUCCUUAUUCUUAACCCACCCUGGACAACAGGUGAGGUUUCAUUUGCUGGCUUUUUUGCGCUGCCAGGAAACUUCAUAGGAGCAUAUUUAAAAAAACAGAGACAUGCCUAAGGUGCGCUUCACUCACACUUGGAGGACCGAAAUCAUUUCUUUUGCACCUGUGACCCAUGCGACACCUAUGAAUUCUUGAUGAAAGUUGUUGAGGUCAAGUAGCUCCGACUACUAAUCCGCAUUCGUCAGUGUGUGCAUUAAUUUACAGAUAGGUUAAUCCACCUAACGCAGGCUACAGGUUUUCUGAGACCAAACCUUCACAAAGAGACGUAGCAAACUAAAUCCUCACCUGAAUGGCGUGAUGUGCUAACAAUGGGAAGAACAGUCCGGUCGCACACGAAAUCCGUCAUAAGUUAGCCGUUCUUAUUACAAGAUAACAUUCCUUAACAUGAUCAUUCAAAAUAUUGAGAAUGAAUAUGUUCUGUACUCCGUCAUUACUUUUCAGAAAUGACUUCUGCCUGCGGUUUCUGAGAAAUGGACGAGGAAGGACUGUGUCCACUGUUAGGACUUUAAUAGUGGGCUAUAGUUAUUCAGUCCCUAUUCCAACAUCUUGCUGAGGGUAGCUUCUUCAUCCAUGCGAAGUAAUCCUUUGUUGGCAGCAUCGGCCUUUCACGCAAAGAAAGGUUAAUGAUCUCCGCCAUCGGCUGAUAGCUGAGUGACCUUUGAGGUUUUCACUUGAUCAUCCCAUUAAUUUUCCAGAUCUUACCUCUUUCAACUCCACCCCUCUGCCCCACCCCCACCUACAGGAGUUGGCAAACUGGCGUCUCCGCAUGGUGAAAGAAAAGGCUCGUCUUGUUGGCAGCUGCGACGAACUGCGAGGUUACCUACGAAGCAUGUGGACUCGUCUGGGAAGAUCAGAGAAGGAUCAGGAGGACUUCAUCUCAAAGUGUUCCGGCUACAAGCCCACGGUGCUGAGCACUCUCGAGGUGAGGUCUGCGACUAGAAGGAUGCAAGCGUAAAAUUCCUAAAUUUAAAGCGUCAGGAAUGUGAGAAGUCCGUGGAUGCACUCAAAGCAACACGAUAAUCAUGGCCUAGUCACUUUUGAGGAAGGGAAAAGUACUCAUCAAAGUCGUGUGUCCUGUACAGAAGCUCUGUUGUAAUUAGAACUCCCGACGCGUGGCUGGUCCUGGGUCUGUUAUUGGUCUGUUCGUCAUGAUAAUGCCAGCGUGAAUGAAUAAACCUUAUGCGGGAGUUGAUUGGGUGGUUACGAAGUUUGUGGGCACCUGUGAUUUGCUGCGCUAGAGGCUGCAUGCAUACAUAUUCAGGCCGCUCGGGAGACAUGCGGUGUGGGUGACAGAGGCGGAUGGCGUGAGGCACUAUGCGCUCCUGUUAAAUAACAUCAAAAGGACGUUAGAAUAACAGAGAGAGGGGGCUUAAGGACAGUGAGUAACUGAUUUCAUGUAAUGUUGGCUGAAAUUCUGAAAUGCGUUUUCGAUUAGAAAGGAUUAACUAGGCACGGUUGUCAGCUUUUGAGUACACUGCAUUUCAAUCUCCUGUAGAAACGUUCUCUGUAAAAAAGACUACUUAAGUAGCAUGCAUUUUUACUAUCGAUUUCGAUGGUCUUGCAUAAUCAAAUAGAUUUUGAAUAGACCACGAACAAAUUGGGAUUUCUUUUAGUCUUUUGACAGACUAUCACGUCAUCUUUAUAUUUUAUACCAGAGGAAGGCGUAUAGUUAGGUUUUUUCGUAAACUUAUAAUUAUGAAAUUUUUUUAAGACCGCGCAAUGUCCAUUCACAUAGCCUCUAACCUGUCCAAUUAUCGCUGUUUUUCAUGAAAUGUACAACAUAAUCUGCAUCGGUUGCAAAAUUUUAUGAACUCUAUAUGAUAUCUUUUUAAAGGCUUAGAAAAAUAUGUGAUUUUCUUUACGCGCAAUGCAUGCGCCUUGUAGACUAAAACCAUUAAACGCUAAUGCAAACACUGAUCAGGCUCAAAGUUAUUCGGCGAUUAGAAAAUUUUUUUAAAACCUAAUUAUACUCCUUUCUCGCGCAUAACAUAUAAAUAUGACGUGAUUAACUAUCAUACUAAUAAAAGAAAGCAUAAUUUGUUUGUAGUCUCUCCAAAAUAUAGUUGAAUACGCAAGACCAUCGAAAUCUAUAGUAAAAAUGCAUGCUUCUAAAGUAAUCUUUUUUUUACCGCGAACGGUUUCUACAGAAGACUGAAAUGCAGUGUACUGAAAAGCUGACAUCCUGUCAAGUCCGGAAUAUUAUAGGAUUAUACCGCAAGAUAAUCGGUAUUACAACCGCGUUUAAGUAACCCACUCUAAUCGAGAACGCAGCUCAGAAUUCCAGCCAACAUUUCAUGAGACCGGUCACUUUCAGCAGAGGCUAUAGAAAGCCUCUACUGGGAGACGUCUUGUCUGCUUACAACAUUGAGCGCCCCCGGAUGACCUUAAAAUCCCACCAAUCCUGAAGCGAAACAAUACCAACUGGUUGAUGUCAUUACACUCUAAGCCAAACUGGAAGGCACUCAUGUAGACUGAUAGCAUCCAGCUAUAGGUAUUUUUCAGUUGACGUUAUUUUUGGUUAUUUCAAAGGCAGUUGACGAAUCAACAUUUGAUCGGAGUCUCUGAAGCCUCCUGCUGACUUUUUGUCACUACAGGAUUAGCAUUCUUGUCCAUCAGCAAAGCCCAAAAUACGCACAGAAGAAAAAUUUAAUAAAGGGGUUUUGAUUGAUCAACAGCCACAUAGUCCUUUUUGUGUGCACCAUCGGACAAAGCGGCCGAUCGGCGCCCAUAACCACCAGGACUUCUAACUAAUAUACUGAGUCGAUUAUGGACUGGAUAACUACGACGCAAACAGCUGACCGUCCACGUGACAGUUGGUUGCGUCAGAAGAUGAAGAUGCGAUCACUGGAAAAAGAAGUUAAUUUGCCUGACGUUUCGGAUUCUCACUCGAAUCCAUCAUCAGAGAUAUUCGCAGUUGGUUGCGUCUAACAAUCCACGAAAUGGAUGUUGAAGCAAACCGCUCAACUGUUGAUGGUAGAUUUAACACUUAAACUCGGAAAAACAGACUCCUUUAUCCAGCAUCGUGAAUCCGUAAUGGACUGUGUUAGACAGGCGGAUGAUCCUCGUCAUGACCGAGGUGUCCUCUGACCGCUUGACUCCAUUGCCUAGCAUCGAUUUUUUACAGACGAGCGACAGCGCAUAGUACUAACGCCAAGUUGGAGGCCAUAGCUCACCGCCGAACACCUGAUUGCGCCCGUAAGCCUUGAGGGUCAAAAAUUCACACAGUAGACGAGAACUGCAGGCGACGCGAGCUGCUCAGGUCACAGUCCAAGGUUCGUGAUCGGUCGGCUGAUAAGAUUAAAUUUGGGGUGACGUACGUUUCUACUAUCUAUAAAUCAGUAGCAAUGCUUUUUAUAGAUACUCAAAAGAGCGUAAAAUUCGGCCAGUUCGGCGAACCUCCGAAGGAGGAAUCAUUUUCGCAUUAGAUCUCGCCAAGUGCACAUAUGCCCGUGACAGACGUCAGACGGGUGACCUACUCCAGACCAACCCUACGAGAAAUCUCGUAAAUCGUUCGCUCAGCACCGACCUGUCUCCGCCAAAAGUAUGUUUAGGCUGAUUCUGCAUGCACUGUUCAUCUACAUAUGAAACGGUCCUUUUCCCCAUCCUAAGCUGCAAAGAGAAGUUAAAUGGUUUGACGUGGAAGGCGUCCAACUGGCUGGCUGUUACGGUUCGCUUCCGAACUGAGAGUGGGGUUACAGUGGUCUAUUCACGCUGUUUGAAAUUGAUGGUGGGUAUCAGAUUGCGCUCUACAACGAGCUACGCAAGAAUUGCGCUGCAACAACAUUGAGGUCAGACCAGAUCCGACACACGUUAAUUGGACUGCGCAUCCGUAACAAAUGACCGACAUGGAGUGUUAUGGCACGCCUAGGCGGAUGCCCGUGCCGCGCCAGCCAUCUACGUCCGAUCUCCGCAUCAGGUGACUGACUGUCCCGGACAGUGGACUGGUGCCUGGGACAGGAGAGCCACCGUGAAAUCGACCUUGGAGACUACGUCCCUACAAAACUCAGAGUAUAUUCUUCUUUAUCAACUAUUACAGUAGGUUGAGUAUUGUAGUUUAAAAGGCCUGCAACCGAUGGAAUAACUUGGUCUUCCUCUCAGUACGUGGAGUCAGGCUGCAAGGGUUACGCGUUUGUGCGACCUCAAUGGCUCUCCCAUUCAUCCGGAAUCCGAGUUCCCGUGUAACUUUGGCACAUUUGUGCUGACAAGCGUGUGUGGCAUACGCAGACUUGCGGUUUACCAUGGUCUGAUCCCGUAUCAAGCCUUCUUGGUUUUCUCCUGACAUCGGGCUCUGGUGGAUGGGAGUGUAGAAGGUGCGGAAGACGGUACGCACCCAUCACGUUGUGCAGCAGAGGGUAAAGAUGGUUGAAAGGCCGGUUCACUCACGUAGGGGAUAGAAUACCAUUCUUCUAUAAGUGAAGAAGAAGACUCGAGCACUGGAACACUUUGCUUAUUGUCCUGAGCUUUCAGACUCGUACAGGAACCCGUCGUCAGAGGUAGUAGCAGCAACAGAAUAAGCGACAGUUAUGGGGCAUUCUCUGCCAUACAUUAGGGACGUUUCAGAAGCGACUGACAGCAUUGCUGUGGAGCUAGCAGUUGGAAGUGGACUCCGCCCCAAAGCCACCAUGCGCAAUAGCGUCAUGAAAAUCAAAGACCGGUUAAAGACUGAAGAGCAAUCUGGAGUAGCGUAUCGCAUUCCGUGUCAAAAUUGCCCACGUUACUACACAGGGCAGACUGGACGCUUGCUCGAAUCGCGCAUACACGAACAUAAGCUGGCUGUGCGACGAGGCGACGCAUUAUCACAGGUGGCCGUCCACGCCUACAAAUGAGUCAUGAGUUUAACUUCGCACCACCAAAAUAGUCGCCCACGCCGGAAGCAAAACAGGUCAAGAAUUAAUUUGAAGCCUGGACCUUGGAUUAAAACUCGGUCAAUCGAUUUGGCGCCGGCGUACAGAGCUUUGCGUAGUCACUUUCAGUCUUGCACCGUCGGUCGAUGAUUGGCCUGCAUGCCUUAUGACAGUUCGACCAUAGAUUUUGAUGACGUCUACCGUGUGCCCCACAACUGCAGCAGCGGUGGGAGCAGUGACGGUGACGAGUCUGAAAUCUAAGGACAGGACGAGUCUGAAAUCUCAGGAAAAUAACCAAAGUGUUCCGGUGCUCGGCUCUUCUUAACUUAUGCAUACACCUGGAACUCAAAAUUUCGCCUUCAUCUGUGCAAUUUUUUUCUCUGGCUAACUGGGAAAAAUUGAAGUCUCGCCCGUGUCCGAGCAUUCAUCACCAGCACGCGAUAAGUUCGCGUUGACGGAUUUUCCUCAAAUCACCCAUCGUGUUAGCAUUUUUGCCAAAGCGUAAGUCCUGAGUAAUGUUUACCAAUAGUGUACCAGAAAGCCAUAUAUGAACAUGAAUUUAUCGUCCAGGGAACGGUUGAUAUUUUGUUGCCGCAGUAUAUAGCAAACGAAAACUGCCUGAAGGGAGUUUAUUAAACUUGGCAGGCAGCGUCUGUCACACGUGUUUCUGCGCUUUUCGCCGAGGCAUCUGACGAAUCAGGCAUCCGGGUAUGCGGUUUUCAGGAGGCUGUUAAAAAGGCUUCUAAACGAAACUGGAAAAAAGAGGAAAUUUCUAUGGUGCCUCUCACACCCUCUUAAAUACCUUUUCAAAAUAUGCGCACACAAGUUUAAUUAAACCAUGUCCCUAACGGUAAAUGGUAAAAGACGCGUUAGUUUCAAACUUCCGAGGUUUUUUCGAUGCCAUGCGGUGGCGUAGAUAACCUGAAUUUGUGCAGUCCUCUCAGAUCGGAUAGGGGAUCGGAAAUUGGGUUAAACUUUCAUGACGACCGUUAAAAUCGCUAUCUAACAUCUGUAAACGUGCCGACUUAUAUAUAAAUUACAGCAACCUUGUGCUUCAGAAUAUGCCUCUAAUGACCCCUUCAGGCUGAAGCCGAUGCCUGUCGAAAGGAACGCCUAAAGACAAUUCGUACCUACCUACCACGACUGAAGGAUGAGGCCACCGAACUGGCUCGAUCGUGUUUCGUCGAAGCUCAGGAAUUGGCCAUAAUUGAAGAAUUUUCUGGCAAUGAUGAGGCGUUAGUGGACUACCUGGAGAAGCGUAUUGAAGAGCUAAAGACCAUUUACCAAAGACAUCGCCAGGUCUAUGAUGGUAUCGCCAACUUCCAGAGUCUUUGGAGAGCCCUUCUGGAGGUGGAACAGCGGAUGAGAGAUCCAGCCAUUCUUUCCAAUCGCGGUGGAAUUUUACUGAAGACGGAGAAGGAGAAAAAGCGUCUGCUGAAGGAGAUCCAAAAGGCUGAGGCGGAAGCAAACGCUGCGAUUGAACAAUAUGAAAGAGAGAAGGGAGAGGCUUUUCGCCUCUCCAAUGGCAAGACCUUCCAGGCCGCCGCUGAGGAACAGUGGAUGGAACUAAAGGGUCCUCGUGACAGUUCCAGUCGGGGUGGCAAACGCAAUUCCAGUGUGAUAGGUCGCAAACCGGUCUCCGCCGGCGGCGAUCAAGGACCGCCGGGUGCACCGGUAUGA